CGUGAGUAUUAGAACACGCCGUGAUAUCCGGGCGUUCUGACGAUUUAGAUCAACAAACCUGGUUUUCCUUCAAAAUCCUCGCAUUCUCCCCUCAGUUCUUCAAAUAUGCUGGCAGAACCGAGAUCAUACCAACUGGGGAGACUUCUCUCUUACUGAUCAAGUUAAGGACGAUGACGUUGUUUCCCAAUGGUCUGAGUCCCACUGAAAGUGAAAAUGAUUGGUAACCCGGCACACAGGUAGGAGUUGCCAUGGAUACAGUUGGCAUUGACCUGCAGUUCAGCUGUUCCAGGUGCGGGCACGCGCGCAGCUUCCCCACGCUGGGAGCGCUGCAGGAACACAUGCAGCAGUGUGUUGGGUAUGGAGCACAGAUGUUCCCUCCCGGUAAGGACCAGUCUGUCAUCCCAGCAUCCCUGUCCAGCCCGAGGAGACCUGGCUCAGGGAUGUCCUUUCUCAGCCCAGUGUAUGAACAGUACAGUAAGGAGGCGUUAGAGUUGGAACGCCAGCUCAUACUCGCUAAGGAAGCUGAGAGGCGCAACAGAAUGAAGAGGGGCUCUCCGAGGGGUUUCGACAGGUAUGGAGAUUUCACAAAUUUGUACGCAAGCUUCCCGCCUGCGAGAUCCUCUGUACGGUUUGAGGAUGAAACAUGGGAUUCUGAUGACCACUAUGAUAACCUGGUUCAAAGUGACCACUUUCCCUCAAUGAAACAAAAAUGGAUGCCCUUACCAGAUCGUUCCAUUCUGAGGGAUUACGAACAUGGACACAGAGACAAACAUGUCAAACAUCACGAACCUGUUUUGUUUGCAAAUGGUAGAAGCUCUGGGCUUCCUGGUUCAAGUCGCAGCCUGUCCACCAAGGAACCAAGACUAACCGCAGAUGAGUCUCAAGUUCUCCAUCAAAUGCAGGAAGACAUAAAAAGGAAGGACUCCCUGUUAGAGAAAGCCAGCGAGGAGCUGCAGAAAAUGACACUAGAGAGAAGAAAACUACAAAGUGACCUCUCAGUGAUGAAAAAACAAAUGGAGGGAAAUGUGGAGGCAGUGACCAGCCUGAAGGAAGCGCUGCAGAAGAAGGAGAGUGAGCUGGAGCACAGUAAAAGGUCCACUGAUCAGAUGGAGGAUUUUAUCCAGACAGCGACCCGGCAGGAGACGGAGGCUAAGGAGAAGCUGAAGAACUUCAUCGAGGCUCUGACCAGUCGGACAGAGCGGGCGGAGAAGGAGGUGGAGUUCUACCGCAGCCAGUCUUCCCUCAACAGUCUCAACUCUGCCGUCAGCUGCACAACCUCCCUCUGUACCAAGUGCAAGAAGAGACAGGCGCGUCUGUCGGCUCCCCUGGGUGUGCUGCAGCGUUCUGCCAGUGCCUGCAGCAUCCAGCAUCCGUCUGACAUGGACACCAGCAGGAGACCCAGCAUCAGUCAGCACCAAAGGGCUAGCAGUGUAGACCCAGUCCAGUUGAAUGGCGGCCUGUCAGACCUGGUGAAACAGGCCCGUGUUUUACACAGCAGUCCGGGGAAGGGCUCCCCCAACCAGCCCUCCACCUCUCCCCGCGGCUCCAACGACUCUGGGCUGGGGGACAGCGCCAACGGGUCAUCACAGAGCGGGACGUAUGCAACGGUCAGCCCUCCCGCACCACAGUAUUACCAUGACAGUGACCUUCAGCAUCCCCAAGGUCAUGGCAUGGAUGUCCCGUACAGCAGGGCCCUGUCCCCAGAGGAAAUAGACGACCUGCAGGCUCAGGGUGUGAUUUUUCCUGACAGCACCCCCAACAACCAGAGGAGGUCACGAACGUUAGACAAUGGUUAUCUCGGAAACAGCUAUCCCAUGUCAUCACCAUCCACGGGGAGGAGGAGGAUGGCUAGUGAAAAUGGUUUCCAUCACGGUAACAGGAACGGAGUUCCAGAUGGAACCCCGACCACCCACAGGAGGAUGGCGUCGUAUUCAAAUGAUAACAACGGAUAUCCGACCAAUGGCAUGGCAUAUCCCAUAACCACACCCCCCACCGGGAGGAGACAGACACCCCAUUCAGGUUACCAUAGCAACCUGACCACACCUGCUGCCACACCUUCAACUGCCAGAAGAAUGCAGCAGAACAGUCCCAGUGGUUACCAUGGCAAUGGAAUGAGUCCAAAUGUCACCCCUAAUAUGGCAAGAAGGAAUCCCUAUGGGAACAGUUACUAUGGCAACAGCAGUGGGUUCCCCUCGCCACAGUCCACACCCAAUGUUGUCAGGAGGUCACAGUUCACAGAUGAGGACAGUUACUUUGAAGACAGUUUCCAUGACAACAGUUUCCAUGAGAACAGUGACAACUAUGACCCCAGUAGACAGGAGGUGAGAAACCAUGUCAACAACCCACAGCAGAGAAGUAACAGGAGCCUACAGCAGCAGCAGUAUCAUCCAAGUGCAAUUCCUGGACCUUCACAAACUCCGGGGGGAUACCCUCAGAACCGCAGCAAGAGACCAUCCCUGGAGAGAUUUGGUGGCAGUUUUGAUGACGAAACUCUGACAGAAACAGGUUCCAUUACCACGGUAACCACAGAAUCAGCGUUUGAUGAGGAUGAUGUGUUUGUGAGCAGGAGGAGCAGUCGGAAGCGGAGCAGGAAGAGACAGCAGGCUGAGCUGGCCCGGCACAGACAGGAUGCCCUGUCCCUGGCCUUCUGCUACUUGGACACAAAGAGCCUCUGUGCCUGUUCCAUGGUGUGCCGGGAGUGGACUCUACUCAGUCGACAGCCUGCACUCUGGAGACAUGUUCACUUGGAGAGAGCCAGGGUAGGAUCCAAGUUCCUGCAGACUAUUGCUAGGUGGUGCACUGAGCUACAGGUGCUAUCACUGCAGAACCUGAGGCCCAGGAAGAGGAGAGAAGGGGAAAACAAGAAGGACUACUUCCACAAAACCAGGGGGAGUUUAGAGCCAGGUCUAGAACGGCUCCUGUCAGCCACCAAACAGAACCUACUCAGCCUCAGGAUCAGCAACUGUGGAAAUAUCCUCACAGACAGAGCGCUGUGGUUGGCCAGCUGCCAUUCCCGACUACUGAGGGAUGUGAUGUACAAGAGUGAGUCAGACCCUGUAGGUCAGGAGGUCAUCUGGGCCCUGGGUGCAGGCUGUAGGGAGAUCACAGCGCUCAGCCUGGCUCCCAUGUUCCCUUGUCAGCAGCCCCAGAGAUUUAAUGACAGGUGCCUACAGAUGAUUGGUCAGUGCUGGCCCAUGAUGCAGCAGCUCACAGUGGGAGGGGUGGGCAUCACUGGGAAGGGACUGUCCACCAUUGCCGGUAACUGCCCAAGAUUACAAGUCCUGGAGUUAGACCACAUGCUGGAGAUCACAGAGGCAUUUGCAGUGGAGAUGUGUCGGAGCGGUCUGAAGGGACUCCGUGUGCUGGAGUUCAGCUUCACUCCUGUCUCACCUCAGGCUCUCAUGCACUUCAACAGUAGCUGUCCUAACCUGAGGGCCAUCAACGUCCACAUCAGCAUCUCCGACUAUUUUGAAGAUGUGGAGAAUGAAGAUAUACAGGAGCUGUAUAAAGAUGUUGUUGUCAAGUUGAAGCAACUGAAGAAGAGGCCAGGUUUUGCUGGCCUACUGCACAUCAAAUCAGACUACUAGCUAUAGUAACAAGACUGAAAGAAAAGCCCUUCCUGAAGACUUCAAACAUAUACACAAACUACCUUUCUUCUACAUGUACUUGUCAAACUCACUAAUUUUCUGUAACAAGAAAUUUAAUUUGACUUAGACCUUGAUGUCAUAUAUCAUGUAUUGUAGGACUUCAUAUUAUCUCUGGCCAAUGUCAUACAGAGUAAAUGUUUGUUCACCAAGAAUUCUGAUUAAUUACUUCUUGUUGUAGUCUUCAAUUCUGUUUUACAUGUAUGUCAGUAUCAUAAUAUUAUAUGUUAACAGUUUUAUAAGAGACCAGUGUCUCUAAGGUGAAUGUUGUAUCCUAUGAAAAGGUUUCUAAUUACCUUCUUAACUUAUAUCUACAAUGUAUAGAGGCUGCAGGCAGUCAGCAUAGAUUUCCUCAGUAUUUAUUUUGUCAGUGUCUAUUUUUAUUAUGUCAGUGACUGUUUUUAAGUAAGAGAGAUUUGGAUCAUCAAAUGUUUUCUUGUGACAGUAUUUAAUGAACAGUGAAAUUAUAUGCCUACAGUAACUAAAAUACAGUGAUGCAUACAAAUUUAUCUACUAUUCUGUAACAAAUGUAAAAUUAAUGUGGGCUGGCCAGACCUGUUUCUAUGUACUUACAUGUAUUAAGCCAAGGAAUUGUACAAUGUCAAAAAAUAACUUUAAGUGGUAAAACAUUAUCAUACUGUUUUGUCACCCCUCCAAGCUUGAAAUUUUGUGUCCAAAGACAAUGGAAGGUAGUGCCUUUUCUACAACUUUCACUCGAAUUGUACCUUUACUAGUCUAAGAGAAUUUGUAAAACUUACCCAAACAUGUUUUAGGAAAGGCAACACAACUAAAGACAAUUUUGAUAAAGUAGUUUUGUACAGUACAAAAAUGCAGGUCUAAUACUGAAUACAUUUUAGAGGACACUGUGAUCCCUGUUGAAUUUGUAUAUAAUUCCAAUUUAAUACCAAUGAACCAAUGGUAUGUGUUUGUAUAUGGCAGAAAUCUACACACGUCUGAAAAAUUCAAUGUAACAUUAUGGAAAUUUCAUGGCAGCAAAGUAAGAGAAGCAAUUAUUGUAACAAAUAAUGUUAAUGACAUUGAAGAAUGUACAUAUAACAGUACAGUUACAUGUAGUAACAUUCUCAGUAAGAACAAUUAGCAGACUGGUGCAUUUUCAGUACAGGGAAUUUCUACUUUCUAAGUUAAGAGUAUGAUUUUGUACUAGUAUGCCCUAUACAUGUACUAUAGUCUAGAUGGACUUCACCAAAUGACAAAUGUCAUAACUUUAAAUGUUCUGCAAUGAAUUCUGUCAGAGAAACAAA